AUGACACUGCUUCAUCUUUUAGAAUACACAGAAAAUGAAUGGAGCACUGAAAAUUUAUUAAAAUGUUUUCAAUCAAAAGAAAGUUUAGAUGAUUUACAUACACAUCUGUUGGGUAUGGGUAACGCGAAGUUCUGGAUCGAAAACAUUUUAACUGAUCGAAGGAAGUUACCUACUCAAAACAAUUUUAUUAACAGUGACUCUUUAAGGCGUCAAUUAGGACCAUUAAUUUGGGAUGAAGAUAUGCGGCAAUUCAAUGAUCCAGAAAACGUAAUGGAUCUUUUUGAUGGGCUACGUUCAUCAGGUAAUUUCAAACAUUCAUUUUAUGAGAACUUGACAACACCGGAGUUCAAGCAAAAGAAGGAACAUCAUGGGUUAAGUUUUCAGAACAACUUUUCAUAUGAUGUUGUCUUUUCAUUGGAUAAUCUGGUUAAAGGACUCGGAUUGAAUAAAAAAGAGCCAAGGGAAAUUAAUCAAGGUAAAGUGGAAGAAAAAUUAGGUAUCUAUACAAGAAGUGAUUGGGAAAAACGUGAUUUUUUCAAGAACUGGAUCAUAUUUAAUGCACGAUAUCAAAAGCUACAAGUAAUAUAUGGUAUAAAAGCUGAACAUCUGCGUAUGCUUAUUGGCGGGGAAAAAACAAUGGAAAAAAUAACUGAUCUAGUGCAACAGAAUGCACGAGCACAUAUCAUAAAUGCUUUUUCAAUGAUGAAUGCCGAUGGUAGCGAGCCACGUUCAGUAGACUUUCAUUCGUUUCGUGGUGCAUUUACUCCGGAAUUCUACCCUAGACGAUUUGCUUUAAAAGACUCAUUAUAUGAGCAACGACUUGACUUGUUAGCGUAUCUCUUGGUGCAUGCUCUAGGUCGUUAUUCAGGCUGUUCACCACCAGUAAAAUAUUGCGAAAUUUCGGUUGGCUGCGGUGAUUUAAGUCGUCCUUGGAUAUUUGACGUUUUAACUACAUUUUCGCAUAAUACUGAGCACGUUACAGACUUCCAAACUCGACUUAAAAAUUUCCCAUGGCUUCAAAAGAAUCAGAUCAGACAAGAUAUGCGUUAUCGAUUUUUGGCGGGAUUCAAGCGGGAAAUACCACCAAUCAUUGAUAAUUAUUCAGCUGAUGAAGCCGUUGUUUUCCUAUUUGAAUUGCCGCAUUAUGCAAUUUAUGCAAUGUUCAGAGAAUUUUCUUUAAGUGAUAAUGGAGAUCCAACUAUCAUAUUCAAGCAGCAAGUAGAAGACCUUCAGAAAAUGAAGAAGGAAAGCCAAGAUAUUAAAGGUUUCUACCAUUGGGUUGUCGGUCUAGAUUUAUGUGGUGAUGAAUUAGGACAUCCUUAUUGCCCUUUCAUAGCUCAUGAGUUUAUCAAGUUUGUCCAAGAGAUUCGAAGAGAAAAAAGAACAAAGAAUUUUGGCAUACGUAUUCAUGCCGGAGAAAAUGUACCUUUCGUUCGUCCCGAAUUGCCUGGUUAUCGUCUAUUUGUUGCGCAUAUGUAUAUUCUUUUCCGUUGCAUUCACUUUCUCAAAAUGAAGCUAGGGAAAAACAUUCGUGUCGGUCACGGUGUUGCUUUUGAUAAACUAUUAUCUAUCGAAAAUUAUAAAUACCGGAAAUCUAGCAUACUUGUAGCGGAAAUGAAAAGAUAUGCUAAGUCAGUAUUUUCAGAUAUUCCUUUCGAGGUAAAUAUAACUAGUAAUUUAUAUCUCCUUGGUGACGCUGUUAGAAAUGCAGUACAGGAGGAACCUCUAUCUCACUUGCGCGCUGUUAAUGUUAAAAUUCUUCUAUCUACCGAUAACGACGGAAUAUGGCCUAUUGAUAAGUGCGACUCACUAGAGGAAUCGUCUGAUUCUGCGCAGCAUUCUGUAGAUCAUCCUGCACCUCAGUUUGUGAAUCAUUCUGCGCAUUAUUCUUUGGCAGCAGAAUAUUGCGAUGCAAUUAAGAGUCAUUUUAUCUCGACAAAAAUACAAUUAGAUACCAUGAUUGAUGAUUCGAAGAAAUACCGCUUCUGUAAUAGGUCCGAGUCCGCGAGCAGUUGUGAUGGUAUAAAAAGAGAUUAUUUUCCUGCUGAUGUCAUAGUACACCCAAAUGUUUUAGAUAUGCUUUUCAAAAAGGAAUUAUCUCCCAUUGUAGAGUCAUAUCAUUUUUUGAAAUAUUAUGAAAAUAUUUAUAAAACACAAGAUUUUCCUACAACAAACAACAAUAUCAAUUAUAGGAAAUACUAUUAUGAAGUUGCAAUGCGUAUUUUAAUGGCAUGCUUCUAUCUAAGACGCUCAUUGUCUUAUCAAGACUUUGAGAAAGAGUACGAGAAGUUAAGUAAGACCCACCAAAAUUGUAAAACUGAUUACAAAGAUUUGUUCAGCGAGAAAGGAUGUAUAAAAGUGUAUACAGCAUGUAAACAUGUCUAUUUGACACUAAUGAAUGAUGCACAGGAUGAAGGCGCAAAUUUGAAAGUAAGCAUUGAUGACAGAGAUUAUUUAUUUUGUUCUGAAAUACCAAAUGAGCGUAAAACUGCGCCUUAUUUAUUGAGCACAAUAGAAACUUUCAUCAGAGAAUGCCCUAAGCCGGCCACAAUAUUCAGUUUUAUUUCGAAUAUCGAUGACGAUAGUCAAGAAAUGAAGACGACCCUCGACACUAUCAAUAGAAAAAUCGAAGAAAAACCUGAAAUUAAAAUUUUUAUCCACACAAAUACAAAAAAAGAUAUGGUUUAUCCUAGUAUUAAAAAUAGGAAUAUAAUUAUUAAUGCUACACCUGAGCAACGCACAGAUGCAGAAGAGGAAGAAAUUGAAUGUGUACUACUCUAUGCUGUUUGUCCACAUGGCAGCGUCGCAACUUGUGCCCUAAAUUUUAUUGCAAAACAUAUCCAUAAAGAGUCGUUUUCCAUCGAGCAAUAA